AUGCAAACAACUCUUUGGUCAAAAUGCAUACAAAUUGAAAAGUUUGGAGAACCAAAUGAAGUAUCAAUUCUUUGUACAAUCCCUAUAGAUCCAAAAAAAUGGAAUGAAAAUGCAGCUUUAAUUAGAUGGAUAGCUUCACCAAUAAAUUUAUUAGAUUUAAAUAUAAUUAAAGGAAAAUAUAAAAAAAUAAACACAAAUUUAAAUAAAUUUCCUUGUAUUGGAGGAACUGAAGGUGUUGGAUUAGUCGAGAGAGUGGGAUCAAAUGUCCAUCAUUUAUGUGUUGGUGAUUUAGUUAUUAAUAUUAAUUAUUGGUUGAAUAAGAAUCAAAAUGAGAUUGAAUUAAAUCAAAUUUGGACAGAAUGGGACAUAAUUCCUUCGAAUUCACUUUUUUCUAUAGACAGGAAAAUUAAUUUAGUUUCGGCUGCUACUUUAGGAAUUACUCCACCAAUUGCUUGGACAUUAAUUAAUGAUUUUAUUAAACUUGAAAAAGGUGAUUGGAUAAUACAAAAUGCAGCAAAUUCUGAUAUUGGAUUAAAUAUAAUUCAAUUGGCAAAAGGUUAA